CAAAAUUUUAAAAGUGGACUAUUUGGUCGAUUUUCUUGAGAAAAGAAAAGAAGUGUAUUGUUGUUGAAUUACAGUUUCUGUUAUUUAAUUAUUCUCCAUAAUUACUUUAUCGGCAAAGAAGAACAAAAAAAUAAAUAAGAAAGUAAAACGAGAAAAAUACAAUGAAUUCAAUUUAACAAGCCAAUCAGAAACGUGGUAAUUAUGAGGUCCACCUCACAUAAGCACAGACACUUUAUAGUUUUCAGUUUUUAGAUUUGAGAAAAACUUGGUAUAUAUUUCAACUAAUUAUCUGUUUUAAAAUAUAAAUAUAUAUUAAUUAUUUAUCGACCGCCAUUCUUCCAGUAAAUAUUAGGCACCAUUUUCUUUUCACAUUCCUCUCCAACGUAACCCUAAUUCUCUUCUUCCCAUUCACAAAAAAAAAAAAAAAGAAAAAAAAGAAAAGAAAAGAAGAAACACUUAUGGCUCGUAUAAGCAAUAUCCUUAUCGUGGCAUUGAACGCAAUUUUUCUCCUCAUAGGCCUCUGCCUCAUCAUCUAUGGUAUAAGUUCUCACAUGCAUCACCGCUCCUCCUCCGCCAUCGCCGCUCUCACCGCAUGCCAACAAUUCUUGCUCAAUGCUUUACUAAUACUAGGUGUCUUUGUCGCACUAGUUUCUCUGCUAGGGCUAACUGGUGCAUACCACAAGAGCAACUGGCUGCUUGCUCUUUAUCUGAUUCUCUUGUUUUUUAUGAUUGUUGGGGCCGUCAUUUUCAUGAUUUUCCUGUUCGCUGUCACCAAUGAAACUGCUGGCAAAGUUGUGUCCCAUCGAGGGUUUAAGGAGUACAGGCUCGGAGAUUACUCCCAUUGGUUGCAGAACCACUUUGCUAAAGGGAACAAUUGGGAAAUUUUCAGGAGUUGUUUGGUUGAUUCUCAAGCUUGCAGUGCCUUCAGUAGCGAUGAUAAUGAAGAUCAAGAGCAUGAAGACUUCUUGAAGGCCAAUUUUUCUCCCUUACAGGACGGUUGCUGCCAGCCACCAGCGAAGUGUGGAUUUAUUUACAGGAAUACAACAUUCGGGAUAGAAACAUUAUUCGGGCCUGGGGUAGAUUACAAUGCUGACACUGACUGUAGAAUAUGGAAUGAUAACCAUAACAAGCUGUGCUACAGCUGCAAUUCUUGCAAAGUUGGGUUUCUAGCUACUGUCAGGAAUCAGUGGAGACAUUCAGCGGUUGGCUUAUUAAUUCUCAUUGCCUUCAAAAUCUUGGUCUUCUGUAUUGGUUGCUGUGCUAGAAGGAACAACUCCAUUUAUAAAAGAUAUCCCCAUUACAGGAGCUAUCCUUGAGCUAAUUAUCAUUCAUUACUAUUAAUUUCUCCUCCUGUUUUCUUGGUGCCUUAAUUUUCUUUUUAUCUAGUUCGAGAUUUCUGUUUUUAACAUAUAACUCGAAAUUUCUAAUUAAUUAAGUUUAUUUAUUUUUUUUGUAUAUUUCUAGUUAAUGAUCUAUUAUUCUUCUUUUUAGAUAUUGGCCCUUAAUUAUAUCUAUAAA